AUCUUUUUUUUUUUCCAACGUUUGAUUGCGUAUCCUUCUCAUUUUAAGUGCAAAUAGUGUAACGUAGUGCAAUUGCUGCGAACAGCCGUAUGCGGACAUUAUACGCGUGUUGAUUCCAGUUGAUUCCAUAUGAUUUAUGUAUAGAGUUUAUGACCUUUGUAAAAAGUCACAUUUGAAUUUCUCUAAAUUAUUAUUGGAAAGUUGCAAAUAUACUCAUAAUGGCGCAAAUAGGAAACGUGACGGCAGAUCAAUUAAUUGCCGGGACUAGUGUGUUGUCAAGACCUGCUGAAGAAUUCGAUAAUGACCCAUCUGUCGAAGCAAUGUGGGCAAUAAAAGCCAUGGAACAUGCAGAGAUUUUGUGUUCGGUUGACCCGAAGCUUUUGAGACUCACACCUCACGAUGAGCAGAUCUAUAAGACUUUCAAAGAUACCUUCCCUAAUAUGAAAGUAGACAAAGUGGAUGAAGACGAACUGAAAUCUCCAGAGGGAAAGACAAAAUGGAGAUUCUUCUGCGAACAAUUUAAAGACGUUGUAGAGGACUACAGUUUUGGUACUUUGUUAAGAGCAGAUUGUAGUGGAGAUUAUUCGGAACAGAAUAGCAUAUUAACAACCAGAAUACAAUUUUAUGCCAUAGAGCUUGCAAGAAAUAGAGAAGGUUUCAAUGAUGGUGUACGAGAAAAAUAUAAACCACAAAAGACUGUAAAAAAAUAAUCGGAUUUUAAUAUAAUUAAUUAUAUUAAGCACUACUGGAAACAAAUUCGGAUAUAUAAUUCUUCCAUUAUUUUUUUUACAAUUGAAUAAUUAAGUAAAAAAAUAUAAUUUUGUAAAAUGUACACAAUAAAAGAUAUAUAUGCAAUAAUAUGAUGGAUAUUAAAUUAAUCUUGAUAUACAUACCAUGACAUUAUAAUGACAUGGGGAACUUUCUCUUCUUCAUUAACUUUACAUAACAUCAAAAUUCUAUUUAAAAAAAGAUAUUGCAUUGAAUCUUUUUUUUUUGACUGGUUCUCUUUCGUUCAUGCAAGAAUAUUUUGGAACAUUAUAAUUUAAUUAUUUAGUAUUAUAUGUGUCAGAUAUCAGAAUGAGUCUCAUUAUUAUAUCUAAUAAUAAAAAUAUGUAUAUUUUAUUUUUUGCUUUAACAUGAAAAAAGGAUCUAAAAUUAGAACAGUAAAAUAUUAAAAAAA